UCCGGCCCGCCCGCGCCGUCGCACCCUGUGUCCCCGGGCUGAGCGGGACGGGCAUGGAGGGAGCCGCGGCGUCCCGCCGGCAUCCCCCUGCCUCCUCCGCGGGAGAACGCGGCUCUGCCCCGCGGCCGCCCCCAGCCCUGCCCUGCCCAUCCCCGCGGGGAGGACGCGAAGCCGCGGCGCUCUAUAAAAACCCCCCGGGCCGGGAGGGAGGCGACCACGGCAGCGGGACGGGGCGCGGGCAGCGGCACCAUGGCCCAGUCCGUGUGGGGCUACGACAGCGACAACGGACCCGAGCGCUGGCACGAAAAUUACCCCCUGGCCAAGGGCGACAAGCAGUCGCCCAUUGAGAUCAACAGCAAGGACGUGCAGCACGACUCCUCUCUCGCCGCCUGGCACGCCAGCUAUGACCCCGGGGCAGCGAAAACCAUCCUGAACAACGGGCGCACCUGCCGCGUCGUCUUCGACGACACUUUUGAUCGAUCAGUGCUGAGGGGGGGCCCGCUGAGCGGCGCCUACCGCCUGCGCCAGCUGCACCUGCACUGGGGCUCCUGCGACCAGCACGGCUCCGAGCACGUCAUCGACGGCGUCAAGUACGCGGCAGAGUUACAUAUGGUGCACUGGAAUCCAAAACAUGGUAAUUUUGCCGGAGCUUUAAAACAACCUGAUGGUGUAGCUGUUGUGGGAAUUUUUCUGAAAGUUGGGCAAACUCCCAAACCAGAGAUGAAGAGAAUUCUUGAAGAACUUGAAAACAUUAAGACCAAGGGGAAGGAGGCUCCUUUUCUGCACUUUGAUCCUUCAAUUCUUUUCCCCAAAUCUCGUGACUACUGGACGUACCACGGUUCAUUCACCACACCCCCCUGUGAGGAGUGCAUCACUUGGAUUCUCCUGCGGGAGCCGAUUGAAGUCAGCUCAGACCAGAUGGCAAAGCUCCGUAGCCUUUCCAAGAAUGCUGAGAAUGAACCUGUGAGCCCUCUUGUUGACAACUGGCGGCCACCGCAGCCUCUGAAGGGCAGGAUAGUGAGAGCCUCAUUCAAGUAAAAUCUCAAGUCUCACUCUGCUGAACCUGAGUGAGAAACUCCCUACAUCAUGAAAGUGUAGUUAGUUUUUUGCUGUCUACUGCUUUUCCUCUGGAUCCAGGUCUGUGUUUCUCAGUUUGAAAUUCUGAGUGGUAAAUCUGUUUUUAAAAGCAGAAGAAUACUGUAUGCAAAUACUAAGCAUAAUAAGCAAAUGUGAGAAGUAAUGAUUCUCGACCACAAAUGCCACAGCAUUUAUGGUUACUUCUCUGCCUUGUAGUCUUGUAAGAAAAAUAAGCUCAAUUUCAAUAUUUAAAAUUAACUUCAAAGGCAAUAUAGUAAGGCAAAAAAUGAACCAGUAGUUCAUGAAAGCAGAAGUAAUGGUAGAUGAACAGGAGGGAAAUGCCUGUCUCUACACUGUGAUCUUGCUCAGACACCCCACCCUCAGGAGACAUCCAAAGAAUAAGCACCCUUUUAACAUACCAGGUUUUCCCUUCCUUGUCUUGUUCAUAGUUUUUUAUCCAAGAUUAGAUUAGUGGUCUGAGGGUAAAAUCAGGCAUACUCAGUUUCUGUGUGAAGAAGAAAAGAGGCCUUGCUGUCAUUUCAGCAUUUGCUCUCUUCAGCACAUCCUGCUGCUGCCAUUGUUGAUCUUUUCUUCUCUCACUGCUGCUCUUACUUCACCCACCCAAUGUAGAGUCCUGCUGGUAUCAUAUUGCCUUGUAUUUAGUAUACCAGCUUUAGUAUUGCUGAGGGAGCAGCCUUUCUUCUGCUGCUCUAUGUUAUCUCCCAGAAUGAUAGAUUUUUGAUGCUCUGCCUGCUUUCUAUAUUUGACAUCUUAAUAGUUUUGCCUGUUAGGGAUUUUGUUGCAUAUGGAAGGGAUCUUUCUGGAUGAUUCAUAUGUGUCAUUUGGGAAAAAUCCAGAUUAAGUCACCUGUUUGUUUAUUUGACUCUGUAGCUGGAGAAUAUAAAUGGAUUCUGUUUGGCUCAGUUCCUUUGUGGGGAGACACAUCAGCUUUCAAAUAUGAUCCAAGCAAGGAAUCACUGGCAGACAGAAACAUCUGUAUCAACUUCCCCUGUCCUUCAUCAUGUAAACUUUGUAAUUUCAGUGUACAAGUACCAUCUAGGUUGAACUCACACACAGAUCAUGUGAAUAAAGACCUACAUUAUAUUCAACACCCAGGUGAUUAUUCAGUGUUGGAUAUAGAGGAGAUUGCAUGGCCAAAGGUGGUGCAUAAAUCCCACUGCACAGGCAGCUUCUGGGUUCUCCAUGUUCCUGCAACUCAUAGGAGCUGCUACUGUAGGUAGCAGUGGGUGUUCUUCUGGAGAUGUUGCCACAAACAUGUUCACAGCAGCAUUUAUAAGGGAUAUGUCAAAGUCUGAAAAAAACGGACUACAAAUGGCUGGAAUAGGCAUUUCCCAGUUCUCCUUAACUAUUUCACUUCCACUUUAUUUGAAAAAUGGUGCUCCAACAGGGGAGUAAAGAAUGGGCAACACUGGACAAAUUCUGCUGUUAUUACCCGCAUAAUUCAGUGAGAACGCAGAAAUUAAACUGAGGCAGAUUUUGAUCCUUUUUAUUCAUUUAGAAUUGUUCUAAGGAAUACUAAAUUCCCAUUGAAAACUAGUAUUUUAGUUUAUUAGGGUUGUAUUUUGCUUAGUAUAAAGCAGUUUCUUUUUAAAAACUAAGUUCAUGUGAGAGGCUAAAGUAUUGAUUGAAUCCUGUUUACAAAUGUUUUGGCACUGGCUUAAUUUUAUCAGAAGCUUUUGAUAUUAUGAGUGCAACACUUGCAAGGGUAUUGAUUUUAGGAGUCCCUUAGAUCUUCUUUAAACUCUUGAAUCUAAAUCUUCUCAACACAUAAAAAUGUUACUACAGAAAGCUCAUAAGCAACAAUUUUUUUUUUUCUACUGUACUAUGUCUUACGUGUAAAAUGUCUUCUCACAUCCAUAUGUAGUUGAUCUUGGUGAUGAGAAAAUUUUAACACAACUGAGACAAGGGUUUGAGUCUUUCGACCUAAAAGCCAUUGACUGUGAUGUUUUAAUCUCUUGUAAUUGAAGCAAUAAAACAAGAUUAGUUGUCUGCACUUGAAAUAACUGCUUUUAUGUCUUGAGAGAAUCAAUAA